AUGGCGAGCUUGGUUCCCAAUGUCUGGGCCGCCAUCGUCAUCCCCGUGCCCGCCUCCGUCCUGGCCGUCAUCCUGCGUCUCAAGGCCAGGCGGAUGACGCGCAUGGGCAUGGGCCGCGACGAUUGCUUCGCCGUCGCCGCCCUGAUCUUUGCCCUGGGCUACACGGCCGACCUCAUUGUGUGGGCGACGUGCUUCAAGCUCGGCCAGCCCAUCGGCUCCUAUAGCCAAGACUUGAUCGACUACUACACGGAAAAGUCGACCCUGAUCCUGUGGACGAGCGAGUUCUUGUACUCGUGGGCCAUCUUCUGCGCCAAGAUAGCCGUCCUGUGCUUCUUCCUCCGCGUCUUCCGAUUCGCUUCCAUCCGCAUCCCCAUCAUGAUUCUCAUCACCUUGUGCUCCAUCUGGAUCACGAUACGAACCUUCUUCACUCUUUUACGCUGCAGGCCUAUCCAGGCAUUCUGGGUGCAGGAUAUCCCAGAUGCCACGUGUUUCACCAAUGUGCGUGCCUACUACCUCGCUACCGAUGUCACCCACUCCUCGAUGGAUUUCAUCAUCCUGGCUCUCCCCAUAUACGAAGUCUCGAGAAUGAGGCUCCCGUUUGGCCAAAAGAUUGCCGUCGUCGGCCUCUUUGCCACCGGGUCUCUGGUCGGAAUUGCGUCCAUUUUCCAAAUCGUCGAAUCUCAGAAUUACGAUCCCCACGAGCUGCCCUAUGACCUGGCCCUGUGCAUGGUUUGGGGAGGUGUCGAGCUCCAUCUGGCCGUCUUUGUAGGUUCUCUCAUUUUGCUGCGACCCAUCUUUAUCAAAUUCGUUCCCGGCCUUGCUUCUCUGUCAGCGAGCAAGGCGGCGAGCCGCCCGACUCGCUCGAGUAAUGCCUUUCAGCCGGGGGAGAGUUCCAGACGCCCUAGUAGUCUGCCAGACGACGCCGAGCUGGGCAUGGAGGCUGUAGAUGCAACCAUGACCAUCGGACGGGGUAGCUCACUAGCGCUCAAGGAACACACCUCUAGCUUGACGCCGAUUUGUAUCCAUCAUGAGGAAUGUGACGCGGAAACUUUACCGGGUCAAGAUGAUUCAGGACACUCGCAAAGUACUGCUGUGUGA